AUGGGCAUGACUCCGCUCCCUGUUUUUAUCCUCCUGUUAUGGAUUUGCUUUUGCAACUCCGAGGAUCGCCUAACACCAGCAAAGCCACUCUCCAUCGGCGACAGGCUCAUCUCAAAUGGUGGCAUCUUUGUUCUUGGCUUCUUCUCCCCAAGAAACUCAACUGCAAACUCAUAUGUUGGCAUAUGGUACCACAACAUCCCCGAGCGAACAUACGUGUGGGUCGCAAACCGCGACAGCCCUAUCACUGGCAGCUCCCCUGGUAAGUUUCUCGUGACCAACAGCUCUGAUCUUGUCUUCUUAGACUCCAAAGGAAGCACUCUUUGGACAACCAGGAACAACAUCACCACUGAAGCCCCCGGAGCUGCUGCCAUACUGCUGGACUCUGGGAACUUGGUCAUCAGGUUGCCGAAUGGCACAGAUAUAUGGCAGAGCUUCCAUCACCCAACCGACACCAUUCUCCCAAAUAUGAGUUUACAGCUGAGCAACAACAACAACCUCUCCACGCACCUCGUUGCCUGGAGGGCCCCUGAUGACCCAUCUACGAGUGACUACUCCUUGGGUGGUGACUCCAGCCUCCAGAUCCUCGUUUGGAAUAGGACGAGGCCAUACUGGCGCAGGGCUGCGCUCGACGGUGUAUUAGUCUUCGCCAUGUAUCAGAGCAAGUCAGGUCCCAUCAUGUCCCAAACAAUUGUGAACAGAGGUGGUGAGUUCUACUUGACGUACACUGUCUCUGAUGGCUCAGCAAGCAUGCGCAUGGUGCUGCACUACACGGGCAUGGUGAAAUUCCUGGCGUGGAACAGCAGCUCAUUAUCUUGGGAUGUUUUCUUUGAGCGCCCUGGUUCUAGCUGUGACCGCUAUGCCUCAUGUGGCCCAUUUGGCUAUUGUGACGCCACACAGGCGGUUGCGACGUGCAAGUGCCUCGAUGGAUUUGAACCUGUUAGUCUUGACUUUUCCCUAGGAUGUCAGAGAAAGAAGGAGCUGAAUUGUGGUCAAGGAGAUAGUUUCAUUACCUUGCUUAACAUGAAGACGCCCGACAAGUUCUUGUACAUCAGGAAUAGAAGCUUUGACAAAUGCGCAGCAGAAUGCAGCCGCAACUGCUCAUGCACUGCAUAUGCUUACGCUAACCUGAGUAAUCUCGGUAUGACUGUAGACCAGUCGAGAUGCUUAGUUUGGAUGGGGGAGCUUGUUGACACAGAGAAGCGUGGUGAUGGUCUUGGGGAGACUCUGUACCUCCGGAUUCCCAGCUCAUCUGUCAGUAAGAAGACUGGUGCACUGAAGAUUGCACUCCCAGUCAUGGCAAGUCUACUGGUACUUGUGUGCAUUUGUCUUGUCUGGAUAUGCAAGUCGAGAGGCAAGCACCAAACCAAGGCACCCAUGAAUUUUGCCAUGUCAGAACAACUGGGCAAUUCUUAUGAACUAUAUGAUCAAAAUUCAGAAUUUCUGUGGAUUAACUUCAAUGACAUCAUCACUGCUACGGAUGGUUUCUCUGACUCCAAUGUGCUUGGAAAAGGAGGCUUUGGCAUAGUAUACAAGGGCACACUGGAAGGUGGCAAGGAAGUUGCUGUUAAAAGGCUUACCAAGUAUUCUGAUCAAGGAAUGGAACAUUUUAGAAAUGAAGCAGUUCUUAUUGCAAAACUGCAGCACAGAAACUUAGUUAGACUUCUUGGUUACUGCAUCCAUGGAGCUGAGAAGCUUCUUAUUUAUGAAUACUUACCCAACAAAAGCUUAGACUACUUCCUAUUUGAUGAUGCUAAAAGAUGUAUGCUUGAUUGGCCAACAAGGUAUAGCAUAAUCAAAGGGGUAGCUAGAGGACUUGUGUACCUCCACCAUGAUUCGAGAAUGACGAUAAUUCACAGAGAUCUCAAAGCAAGCAACAUCUUGUUGGAUGUGGAGAUGAGACCCAAAAUAUCAGAUUUUGGCAUGGCAAGGAUCUUUGGUGACAACCAGCAACAAGCAGAUACUAGACAUGUUGUUGGGACAUACGGUUACAUGUCGCCUGAAUAUGCGAUGGAAGGCAUUUUCUCUGUCAAGUCCGACACAUAUAGCUAUGGGGUCUUGCUACUGGAGAUUGUAAGUGGGUUGAAGAUCAGCUCACGUCCCUAUCUUAUGAGAGACUUCCCGAACCUCAUAGAUUAUGCUUGGAACUUCCUGGAAGAAGGAAAAUCAGGGGAUUUCAUGGACACGGUGCUUCUGAAGAGUUGUUCACUGCGUCAAGUGUCAUUGUGCAUCCACAUAGCAUUAUUGUGUGUUCAGGACAGCCCGGGUGCCAGGCCACUAAUGUCGCUAGUCGUGUCUAUGCUGGACAACGAGGCCAUGCCACUCACGACUCCAAAGCAACCUCUGUAUUUCAUUGGAAGGAGACAUGAAGCAGUAGAAGCGACGGAGGACUCUGUUAACAGCGCGGGCCUGACAACGCUAGUAGGACGCUAG